AGCAUGUGAUAGACAAAAGAAGUUGCAUAUUUUACAAAAAUAAAGAAAUUUGUUGACGUUUGCAUAGAUUUUUGUGAAAUUUCGAUUAUUUUACAAAAAUAAGCCACAAAGUGUGAAUUGAUAUAUACAAGAUGGAUUUAACUAUAUUAAUAGGUAUAGCUACAGCCCUAUUAGCGAUAUUAGUAACACUAUUUUUCUUGCAAAAGAAAAAACCCGAAAAAGAUGAUAAAAAACCACAACAACAACGUGGUGUACCUCAACGGGCCCAAGAAGGUGUACCACGACGAGCUCAAAUUGUACGCAAUCAACGUAAUCGCUUAAGGCAAAAUGCUGCACCUGCUGCUGGUAACGCAGCGGCUGCCUUAGAUAAUGCCCUCAAUGAUGAAGACAGUGAUAAUGACAACGAACAAGGUGAUAUUCCACAAGGUCAAGUUUUAGAUGAAAAAAUGGGUGCCAAGAAGAGAGCAAAAAUGGAACAAAAAGAACAAAAACGUUUAAUGCGUGAACAAGAAAUGAAAAUGCGUGAAGAGAAAAAGGCCAAAGAGUCCAAAUUGGAGGAAGAACGUAAAAAGCUAGAAGACCGUGAAGCCGAAGAAGAACGCAAACAAGUUGAGGCAGAACGUUUGGCCCGCGAAGAACAGGAGCGUAAAGAACAUGAAGAGUAUUUGAAAAUGAAGGCCGCCUUUAGUGUCGAAGAAGAGGGUUUCGAAGAAGGUGAAGAUGAAAAAGAAAAUCUAUUGGCUGAUUUUAUAAAAUACAUACAAGACAACAAAGUUGUGGUGUUAGAAGAUUUAGCCACAGAAUUCAAAUUGAAAACGCAACAGGUCAUUGAACGUAUACAGGAACUGCAAGCCAAUGACACUAUAACCGGUGUCAUAGAUGAUCGUGGUAAAUUCAUAUACAUUUCGGAAGAGGAACUCAAAUCGGUAGCUAAAUUUAUCAGGCAAAGAGGUAGAGUUUCAAUAGCAGAGUUGGCCGAAAGUAGUAAUAAUCUAAUCAAUUUAACACCUGUGGAUACUAAUUAAGUUAAGUGCAGGAGAGUUUUGUUAAAAAUAUUAGAGAUAAUGUAGGUAUAACUUUUAAUUUCCUGGUUCUUCAUUUCUGUUAUUGAAUAUAGUUUUUAUUUUGCUUUUUCUAGUGUAAAUACGAAAAAUUAAAUUGGUUUACUAACUUAAGAAACUAAAAUCAAGGUCA